AGGUGCACCUUUCCCGGAUACUUGCAAGAGUAUCAAUCCCUCUUCAACACACCAUUUCUUCUUCUACUUAAACACUUUUUUUCUUCUCCUUCUUCUUCAACCAAAAAACUCGUCUCUCACAAAAGAAAAAAAAAUGGGUUCUGAAUUGUUCUACAGAGGCCAUGAUGAAGAAGAUGAAACUCAGCAACAAACAUCAGAUGUUGUUUACACACCAAAACCAAACAAACCGUUGCUACUCAUAACGCGUCCAAUCCGUUACAUUCUCCGCGAACAGAGAUUAAUCUUCGUGUUCAUCGGUAUCGCCAUCGCCACUCUGAUCUUCUCUCUGUUACCUUCUUCUUCGUCUCCUCCAUCGCCUUACACCAAAUUCGAAAAUGAUAACGCAUUUAUUGCCAACACUUAUUUCCCGAGUUCGGAAUCCAACCGGAUACUGUCACAAAAGAGCAACGUUUAUCAUGAAAACCGUGGUGGUAUGGGUCUGAUCAGUGCAGGUGGUAAAAUCCCAUUAGGAUUGAAAAGAAAAGGGUUGAGAAUUGUUGUGACCGGAGGUGCUGGAUUUGUUGGUAGUCAUUUAGUUGAUCGCUUGAUAAACCGUGGUGAUAGCGUCAUCGUCGUCGAUAGUUUCUUUACAGGGAGGAAAGAAAAUGUGAUGCAUCAUCUGGGGAACCCAAGAUUUGAAUUGAUAAGACAUGAUGUGGUUGAGCCUUUGUUGUUAGAAGUUGAUCAGAUUUAUCAUCUUGCUUGCCCUGCUUCUCCUGUUCAUUACAAGUUCAACCCUGUCAAGACGAUCAAGACUAAUGUGGUUGGUACUCUGAAUAUGCUCGGAUUAGCUAAAAGAAUUGGUGCUAGAUUCUUGUUAACAAGUACUAGUGAAGUUUAUGGUGAUCCUCUUCAACACCCACAGGUCGAAACCUACUGGGGUAACGUUAAUCCUAUCGGUGUGAGGAGUUGUUACGAUGAAGGAAAACGUACUGCUGAAACGUUGACAAUGGAUUACCAUAGAGGUGCUGGUGUUGAGGUGAGGAUUGCUAGGAUCUUCAACACAUAUGGACCUCGUAUGGGUAUCGACGACGGCCGGGUCGUCAGUAACUUCGUCGCUCAGGCAUUGAGGAAGGAACCAAUGACGGUAUAUGGAGAUGGAAAACAGACCAGGAGUUUUCAAUAUGUUUCGGAUCUGGUUGAGGGUCUGAUGAGGCUGAUGGAAGGAGAACAUGUAGGUCCAUUCAAUCUUGGCAACCCUGGUGAAUUCACUAUGAUGGAACUUGCCCAGGUGGUGCAAGAAACAAUUGAUCCAAAUGCAAAGAUUGAAUACAGGCCAAACACAGAAGAUGACCCACACAAGAGAAAACCAGACAUCUCUAAAGCUAAAGAACUACUUGGAUGGGAACCAGCAGUGUCUCUUCGCAAGGGUCUUCCUCUUAUGGUCUCCGACUUCCGUCAGAGAAUCUUCGGCGAUCACAAGGAUAGUGCUGACUUAUCCAUGGCCACAACUACCUCCUAGAGAAACCAAAAACGGAGAAAUAACAGCAUUAGAAAAGAGAGAGGUGAUAGAGUUUAGGUAGUACUACAUCGAAAGCAGCAUUUUCCCCUAUUCCCCCAUCUUUCAUUUCAAGGGUUGGAUUUUACAUCCUAUCAAACUUCAUAUUUUGUAAUUUUUUUUACUUCCUGGCUCAUGUUUUCUUUUCGUUUAAUAUCAUAACAUAGAACAGCAAGAUUGUCACAUUUUGCUAAUCAUCAUAAUAUAUACAUCGGACUCUGUCCAA